CCAGAUCAAUCCAAUCCAUGCUGUCCCAACCUAUCUCUCUAAGAUCCAUUUUAAUAAUGUUCACCCACCUACGCCUAAUAUAUAUACUUUAGGAUAGUCAAUUAAGGGCGUAACGAGAUCAUGUGAAUGAAGAACGACAGUGCAUCAGUAAGCAUGUCAUUGAAAUAUUUAUGAAACCUAUUUUAAUAAUAUUGAAAUAAAUAGCUAGGUAAUGCAAAAUCAUCCAUCCACCGCUGGGUAGAGAAUGGGGCGGGGCUGGAGGUAUACCUCCAGUGGAAUGGUAGUAAACUUUCUUAGCGACUAAGCCCUUGCCAGUGGUUGCAUGACGUGUUCCGCUACGUUACCCACCACUAGUGUCGUAUAGGUCGUAUAUGUACAGUACUGUGAUCACUGUGGUACUGUACAUGUGGUUAAGUUUCUGUGGCAAAGCGAUAUCUUUCAUGAAAAAUUAGAAUGAUUUUAUACCAGGUUCAAGUUAUUUCCGGUCCCGGGUUACAGAUGUCGAUAGUGCAUGAUUAGUAUACUGUAUCUCUGCUUUGAACACAAAGUUGAUUAAACUGCAUAUCUGUGCUUAGUACAGUUAAAGUUAUCACUGUGCUUGUUUACUUAAGCACGACGGCAUGAAGACGUGUGGGUGAGUGGAGGUGUAGCUCCAGAACUCUUGACUCGACACUAAAUGGAGAUGACUAGCCAGCUUCACGUUCCGGCCGCGUUAACCCGGGGAAAGAGUGCCCGGUGCCCAUUAUAUAUGAGACAAAGUGGGCCCCAGAGCCUGUCUGAACGCUGUGGAGUAAAGAAAAAUGUCUUGCACUUGCCAAGAAUCGAACCAUGACUAUCCAGCCCAUGGCCCGGCGUUUUACCGACUGAGCUAUCCAGGCUGCACAAGUAAUCCGUGAUAUUUUACUGUUUACUUCCUACAAGCAUGUUGGAUCUGUUGGUGUUGGUGGGCGUUAGUUGUGUGCAAUGAGGGCAAUGAGUACGGAUGAGUACCGGUUUGUAUGGUUGUGUGGUUAAUGUCGACGAACGAGGUAUUAUUAUAUUUAUUAGAAACGUGGUGAACGGAUGUGUGUGAUGCGGAGCAUGCGAAGGAAGCUUGUACAAACGUGAAUCCCACAUUUAUUACUGGUAUACAAUGGAAGAAGCAAAAGUGGUGUUUCAUCCAAUAAUAAGUUCCAUCCAGAAGAUAGCAUUAUAUGAAACGAAAGCUAGAUUUUACCUAAUAGGAUCCAACAACACCCAAACAAGAUUCCGAGUUCUCAAAAUUGAUCGAAUGGAACCACAUGAGUUGUCAGUCAUAGAUGAUAAAGUGGAGUACACGCAAGAGGAAAUUCGAGAUCUUGUGACCAUGAUUGAUGUGGGAAAUCGUACUCGUGCAGGUCAACGAUCAGCUACUGGUGGGGUGGCCAAAGUGGUGUCAGCAUUUGGGAUUGUUGGGGGUAAGAAAACAAGCAAUGAUGAAGGAACAGUGGAAGAUACAGAUACAGCCUCUCGGAACAAACCUUUUUGGCAUUCGAUUUGGAAACGCAACACUUUCCCCCGACUAGUGCCAGCAUUUGGCUUGCUUGGAUUUGUGAAGUUUCUGGAGGGUUACUACAUAAUCCUCAUAACAAAGAGGCGGCGUGUCGCAUUCGUUGGGUAUCACACUAUCUACAAAAUUGAAGACACUAGCAUGAUCUACAUUCCAAACGAUGGCAUUCGUGUUAGCCACCCAGAUGAACAACGUUAUGUCAAGAUGUUCCAAAGCAUUGAUCUAUCCAGCAAUUUCUACUUCAGUUAUAGCUAUGAUAUCACACACACCUUGCAGAACAACAUGUCCCCACCCCGAAACAUCAUUCCAACAUCCAGUCAUGGAAACAAUGCAGCUAAAACUGGAGCUGUUCCUGAAAGCAAGACAUCAGAUGGAGGAGAAAGUAAUCCAGUGCAAGUGGCAGAUGACUUUACAUUUUGGAACUUUCUGCCAGAUCACCAAGAGAAAAGGCCUGAUGUUAAUGAUGUUAAUCACAGCAAGAACAAAACAGUAGAUUAUGGGGUCCGCAAUAAGCCUCACAGGCGAUUUGUGUGGAAUUCCCAUCUUCUGGAGAAAAUAGAAGGAACUCUCCAUCCUGAUUGGAUACUUUAUGUGACACAUGGCUUUGUUGGCCAGUCUAACAUAUGUAUAUAUGGCCGCUCUAUGUAUGUGACCAUAAUAGCUCGCCGUUCAAACAGAUAUGCUGGCACAAGAUUUCUCAAACGGGGCGCUAACUUUGAGGGUGAUGUAGCCAAUGAAGUGGAAACAGAGCAGAUGGUUCAUGAUUCAUGUGUGUCAUCCCUCUCUUCUGGACGCUUCAGUUCCUUCGUUCAGUUACGAGGCUCAGUUCCAUCACAUUGGAGCCAAGAUAUCAGCAAAAUGGUGCCCAAGCCUGCCAUAAGUUUUGACCUGAGUGAUCCUUUCUGUGAGACUGCUGGUGAGCACUUCAACCAGCUGUUACAUCGUUAUGGCUCGCCAAUCAUCAUUCUGAAUCUGGUUAAGAAACGUGAGAAGAAGAAGCACGAGAGCAUGCUGAGUGAGGAGUUCAGCACUGCAGUCAAGUACCUUAACCAGUUCCUGCCACCCAACCAUCACAUACAGUACAUAAGCUUUGACAUGGCACGCAUGAACAAGGGAAAGGAAGCAAAUGUAAUGGGACGUCUUGCUCAGAUAGCUUACAGUGCUGUCUGUAAGACAGGAAUAUUUCAAAACCAAAAGCCGUACCACUCACAGAAUCCACAGUCCAUCUUGGGGAAACCUCUCAACGGACAGCAUGGUAUAGAAAGUCGCAUCCAGACUGGAGUGAUUCGUGUGAAUUGUGUGGACUGUCUUGACAGAACCAACACUGCACAGUUUGCGAUUGGGAAAUGUACGCUGGGUUUCCAGUUGUGUGCCUUGGGAGUAUUGGAGUCGCCUGUAUUGGAGUUCGAUUCUGACUGUGUAAGGAUGCUUGAGGAACUGUACGAGGAUCAUGGAGACACAUUGGCCCUGCAGUAUGGGGGCUCCCAGUUGGUCCACCGCAUAAAAACUUACAGAAAAACGGCUCCUUGGACUUCGCAGGGCAAUGACAUAAUGCAAACGCUCAGUCGUUACUACAGCAACACAUUCUCAGAUGCAGAGAAGCAGCACACGAUAAACCUGUUCUUGGGACUGUUUGUUCCCAAUGAGAAUAAGCCUCCCAUCUGGGACCUGAUGACAGACUACUGUCUCCAUCAUCCACAAGCACUUGGGCAGAAGAAGAUGAGAAGAGCUCCUCGGAGUCAGUGGUGGAAUACUGAGGUACUACAGUGCUUGCCUCAAGCCUAUGAUGAAAUUUUCAAGAGCUGCAGUGAGAUUAUGCAAGUGAACAGAUGUGAGGAAUUGGUGGAUGGUUACUUUGACUACCAUCGCCCAUAUGAGUUCAGUCUGCUAAGCGAGAUGUUUGCGUACAAGAUCAGUCACUCAGUCAGAGACUUCAUGCCUCACUUUACAACCAACUUCAGUCCAUUUACAGUGCGUAUACGCCCAGGUCGACGGAGAGAAGAGACUUCUUCCAAGGGUGGAACUAUGAAGAACCCAUCCCUUACAGGACAAAGCUCUACCAGCUCAACAACUUCCAGUGCCAGUAGGUUGAGUGUUGAUUACAGUUCCAGCUCAGAGAGUGAAGACACUGAUGAAGAAGACAAUGGUCACAUUACUGAUUCACAACUUACACCCUCAAAGGAUAGCUCCUCCAGAAACAUCACAUUUGAGGCUCUGUUCCCUUCUAUGAGACAGGUUUAUGGCAUGGAGAUUGAGCACCCAAAGAAGUCGGACAUACUCAUGUACAAAAGAUAUGUUCUAAUUGGACGCUCUGCAAUGAAGAAUGAUAAAGGGAGUGGUAUUCCAAACACAGUGAAGUUGAUUCAGUGGAGUGCAUUCUCACUGGACACUUCAUUCCAAAUGAUGCCACCCAAAGUGAACAGAACAUCACAAGAAAUCUAUCAUCAGUAUGUUGAGAGAGGCAGAUUAGGGGCUUCUGAGCCAAACCCAACUGAUAUGUUGAAGUAUCAAAGAUAUGUCAGCAACAGCAUCAUGCAGCAUGAUGACUGGGAUGACUCACUUUGAAUGCUGGAAAGUGGCCUCAUAUGGAGUACAGAGAAUAACUUCUGAUGUUAUAAAAGAUGUAUUUAUGUAAUAAAUUAUGUUAUUAACUAAUUAACUUGCCAGAAUUAAAUAAUUCCGUGGAGGAAUCCUUUUUGA